GUAAUGUGUUUCUAGUAUAUGUUCUGUGGGUACACGUAAUAAGCUUCGGUUCGUCUUGACGGAGUCGCCAUAUUUUGCGGAUCGAACGAGGAGCUCGGUAAACGCCAUUGUGUGCGCAUCGCACACAACGCUUAGCUUUUCGCUCAGUUUCAUUAUACGUUCCUGGAAAAAUAACGAAUACGACGGGCGAAACGAGGCGUUACUCGCUAUUAUCGAUUCGGUAUUCGGCGCAUCGCACAUAAGCGAGGGAUCAGUUGCAGCAGGAGUUGAAUAAAUGUGCGAACAGUAUGUACAGCAAUAAUAUUGACCCUUGGGAGCCUGGCUAUGGGCCAGAAAGAAGAAGUCACAAUUCUGAUUAUGAUUAUCGCAGUGAUUAUGGAAACAACAGAUCACCAGAAUAUUCAGAACAUCGUGACGUUGAUCAUCGUGAUAGGGAUCACCAUAGUCCAGAUUACAGAAAUCAUCGUGGAAGAGACAGAGAUCGCGAAAGGGAUCGUUCGAGGGAUAGGAGGGACCGUAGCAGAGACGAUCGUGAUCGCAACUACAGAGAUCGCGAAGAUCGUUAUGGGAGACAGAGAGAUAGAGAUUCUGUAGAAAGAGAUAGGGAUAGAGAUAGAGACAGGGAUAGAGAUAGGGACCGUUCUAGACGUGAUAGGGAUCGAGAUAGGGAUAGAGAUCGUAGGGGAAAACGAGAGGAUCGGGAUCGUGAUCGCGACGACGAUCAUAGUCGAGAGAGUUUGGAGUUUGAACACGACCAUGGUCGUACCUAUAAUUCGUCCAUGGAAGGGAUCCACUACAAAUCACAAUCGCCUAACAACACCAUAAUGAUACGUGGGCUUGCUCAGCAUAUUACUGAAAAUGACGUGCGGCAAGAUAUCCUCAACUGUGGUCUCAUGCCUAAGGACAUCAGGCUGAUUCGAAAAAAAGAUACAGGUGCUUCGCGAGGUUUUGCAUUCGUCGAGUUUAACGCGACUCAGGAGGCCGCACGAUGGAUGGAGAUGAAACAGGGAGUGCUGAUGCUGCAGGACCAAUACCGCGCAUUAAUGCAGUACAGUAUACCAAAGGAGUGUCAUGUGGAUAAACCGCCGGCAAAAAAUACACAAGAUUGGCAUUGUGUUAAGUGUGGUGCGCAUAAUUUUAAACGGCGCGAGACUUGCUUCAAGUGUUCCGCCUCGCGAGCGGAGAGCGAGGAAGGCGGAGAAGGUAGCGAUGAGAUCAGCCCACAUCCCACGAAUACCGUGCUUCUACGGGGAUUAGAUGUAUUAACGACCGAGGACUCGGUUCUGCAAGCAAUGAAAAAUCUGUCGUCAAUGCCGAUACGUAGUAUUCGCAUCGGUCGUGAUUCUCUCACGAAUACAUCCAGGGGAGUGUGUUACUUGGAAAUGGGCAAUGUAGUGGACGCCAUGUACUUGCAUACCGCGCUCACAAAACAAGGACUGGUGGUCGAUGGCAGAAAGGUGGAAAUAACAUAUUGUAAACUUCAUCAAAUUAAUAAUACAAACGCGUGGAAAUCGAACGACACUCAGCCACAGAGGUACACCUUAGACGACGUCGCUCAAUUGGCUGAAUAUAGUGCCAACUUAUAUGCCAAAACGCCUGCGCAAAAGGCUCAUUAUCUUCAGUAUUACACGCAAUAUUAUCAAAAUCAGAUAAUGCAAGGUUCGGCGAUCACAUUGCCAUCGCUGAAUCAGACAGAUCGAGUAAAUGCAGCCGCAGCGGUAGCGCAAUCCGCUAUACAACAAUUACAGGCGUCCAGAAAACUAGGAAGUGAGACCGACGACGUGAAGGGACGACCAACGCCUACAGCACCUUCCAGUACAGCAUUAGCAAGUGGAAGGGUUCCUGCACAUUCUAGUGAUGGGAAAGUAUACUCUGUACCGGAUGUCAGUACUUAUCAUUACGACGAAUCAUCUGGCUACUAUUAUGAUCCCAGUACGGGACUCUAUUAUGACCCAAAUUCGCAAUAUUAUUAUAAUAGUCAUACGCAACAGUUUCUUUAUUGGGACGCCGAAUCAUUCUCUUAUCAACCAGCUAAGACCACUGCGAGUACGGCGCAAGGAGCUACAAGCACGAUAACAGCGACGGCAAGUAGUACAGAUUCCGCAAGUACGAUUAGCAAUCAACCUACGACUUUGUCGACCGCUAAUACAACUCAGGAAGCAUCGAAAGAGGACGAAAGUAAAAAGAAAGACAGCAAGCAGGAUAAAGUAAAAGUAGCGAAGAAAAUAGCGAAAGACAUGGAACGUUGGGCGAAAACGUUGAAUCAAAAGAAGGAGAAUGCCAAAAGUAAUUGGAAUUCUGAGUUUGCUGGUGCAGAUGGCAAUCAAGGUAUCGGAAGUGGCGCGGCAGACGCGGGAUACGCUAUCUUAGAAAAGAAAACUAUUGCGAAUCCUUAUCACGAGGACGAGGAUCAGAGCGGUAAUGGAUUGGUGGCUGCUUAUGGCGGCGGUAGCGAUACAGAGGAGGAAAUAGAGGACGUACAACAAGAAGAGAAACAACACACGGAUUGGAGUAAGUUGGCGUGCUUACUCUGCAAACGACAGUUUCCAAGUAAGGAGGCAUUACUUCGUCAUCAACAAUUAUCUGAUCUACAUAAACAAAAUCUGGAAAAUUGGUAUCAAGUACGCGGUCUGGAUCCCAAUGAUCCGCAGCAGAGAAAUAAUAAAUACAGAGACCGCGCUAAGGAAAGAAGAGCCAAAUACGGUGAACCUGAACCACCGCAACCUAACAAACUGAAAGAGAAAUAUUUAAAGACUAGAGUGGAAGAGAUGUCAGUAUCUUAUGAGGAGCCUACACGAGCUGGUAUCGGUUCUGAUAACGUUGGCAAUAAACUAUUGCAAAAAAUGGGCUGGAGCGAAGGAAUGGGUUUAGGAAAAUCUAAUCAAGGUAGAACGAGUAUUAUCGAAGCCGAAAGACGUGUCCCUACAGCUGGUUUGGGAGCGAAAACCUCGUCAUAUAGCGCGUUACCGGGCGACACCUAUAAAGAUUGCGUAAAAAAAAUGAUGUACGCACGAUAUCAAGAAUUAUCCGACACAUAAUACGUAGGAUACAUUAAAAUAGAUUUUAUAUAUACAUAUAGGUUCUUGUACUCCAUUUUCCAUAGAAGCAUAAUUACACGCUCGUAUUGGUAUUCGAAUAAUGUAAUAGCAAUUUACUGCACAGUGAUAGCCAAUUUUUUUGGGACACUUGCACACGCUAUGCAAUACGCAUUUUAUACAUCUUUGUGCAAAGUCCUCGUAUGUUUUGAAAUAAUCGACAUAUAAUUUCGUUUUUUUUUUUUUUUCAUAAUAUAUGAUAUACCACAAUAUGCUGUCAAAAUAUACAUCUAUUCACGCCAUUUUAUUUAUAUAAGAUCAGUGUUACUCGAAAAUAUUUUGGAUUAUAUUUUUAAUUCUUUCAAAGAUGUUUUUUCCGCACAGAAUUAUCCGAUUGAAACAUGAACAUUUAUUGUAUCAUUGUGCAAUGCAAUAAUAUUUGUCCAUAAAUAAAUUAUAUAGAAUUGAAUGGUGAUAAAAAAAAAAUGGAUGUCACAAAUGAACUUGUUAAAAAAUCUUUUUUUGCAUUACACAUUGAACAUAUUGAAUUAUUUGGAUCAUGAAAUAUUUGGUGGCUUAACAAGUUAUAUAAAAUUGUACUAAAAAUAAACACCUUACUACAAAUAUUAUACAAUCAAUCGUCGUAUUGUUUUAAUAUAUACUGCAUCUUGUUCUACAAAAAGUAUCAUCAUUAGUGGAUCAAUUUCAAUGAUGCUCUGUUAAGAAAAAAUAUGAUUUAUUUUUUCAUAUAAUUUGAUAUGUUUGAUGAAUUUAACUUUAUAUGUACUAUGUGUGACGCAUCUUAUAUUUAUUAUAUUACAACAAAAUCUCUAGUGAGUUUCGCAUUCAUUUAAUCUAAUCUAAUCUAAGCUAAUCAUUGGAUAUAA